AGACACUCCUCAGCAGCUCUAACAGAUUCCGGCACGAGCAUUUUAUUACCUCUAGUUUAGUUUCAGAUUUCUUUAGUCACUGAUUUAGGCACAACAGGUGCUCAGGAAUCUCUGUGGCUGGAACCAUUUCGGAUCAACGCUGGAGCGCAUGUAAGAAUAUCCUAAAUAAUGGGUGCCAAGGUUUCAGUCGUGAAUCAAACUCCUUAUGCUUGGUACUAUGAGUCUCAGGACAGAGGGUAUAAACGCAUCAAUGCUGGCUGCAAAACAACCUAUGACGACCAGAAAUAUGUCUGUCGCAACAUCUACAUCAGAUAUGAAAAUCACACAUGGGAUAGUUUUAGGUAUUGGUUUAACAGCUACAAAGGUGACGCCAUCUUUACCUUGAUGGAAACCUACGACCGUUCCCAGAUCAAGCUGAGCUGCAGCAUUGAGAGUGGCAUUAAUCACUGUCCCAACUACGGAAAAAUUGCAGAAGAUGAAAAACAAAGACAGCAACAAGAGGAGGCAAGACGUCUGGAACGUUUGGAACGUGAGCAAAGGAUUCAGCAGGAGCUGGAUAGAGAAAGUGAAUCGUCCAGACAAAAGCUUUCUCGGGCAACCGAGCGCCUCCGUGAAAAACAAAGCUUCCGAGGUCAUGAGCAACAUCAUGAACGCACACAAGCUCUCCAUCAGCAAAUAGAAGAUGAUGCUGCUGCAAUCGAGAGGGACGAGGUUACGGAUGUUGAACAGAAAUUCAAAGAGCUUUUAUUAAAGCAUCAGAUCACAGAAGACAAAGAUAUACAGAACUAUCAGAUUUGGGAUAGAAUUAAGACGCUCCAGAAUGAAUUUACAGCUCAGUAUUGUAAAGAAAAAAACCUGUCAUUAUGGUCUCAGUUUACCUUUGAUGGUGCUGUAGGAUACAAUGAACUGUCUCUUACCGAGCAGCUCACAGUUCUUGAGGCAUCUCUACAGUUCAUUCUGUACAGUAGCACUGAAUAUGUGGAAGAUGAUGGAGAUCAGCCGCUCGGCUGGGAGAAGAAGUACGGCUUUCUCUUGGGUUUGGUGGAGCAGCUUAACACCAUAAAUUCAACUCUGGCCGAACGCAUUUUACUAAAUGUUCUUGACACGAUUUCAGAGAUUUCACCACAAAGUAAAGUCAUUUUAGGUCAAAUGUUGUUCAACAGAAUUUGGACACCAACAGAAAUAAUGCUCUUCAUUUGCAAAAGUCCGGAAAUCAAAUGCGAUCUACAUGAUUCAGUUCUUCACACAGCACAAACCUACCACCUGAACUGCAUCCUCGUUCUCUCUGCUCUUAUGAAUGAAAACCCGUUAAUGUUUCUUCAAGAACAAAUAAGAAAUGACAAGGAAAAAGAUGCUGAUACAAUUGUGAAGGAACUUCGUGAAGCAAACUGCCCAGAAAAAGUUUUGGUGGUGUUAAAGGAUGUGCUUAGAUACAUGGAGUCCGAACUCCCAAAAUAUGAAUUGGUGGACCUAACCAAGGAACAAAUCAACGACUUGAAAAACAAGAUUAAAUCUCUUAAUCUUGCAAACCCAGAUAUCAAAAUUCUGAAAGAUGUUUUAAUCGGAAUGUCAAUAGCAGUGCAAGACUGCUCAACGAUCAUCACAAAGGACAACAAGAAGAUUCAAGGUUAUUUUCCAAGACGUACACAACUAGCAUCCUUGCUUUUGCUUCUCCUGGCACAGCUGACAGAAAAUAAAGGAUGUCUUCUAGAGAUUGGUACUGGUGAAGGCAAGUCCUGUAUCUUAGGCAUGUUUGCAACAAUUCUGGCCAUACGUGGAACUAAAGUGGACAUUGUGACAAGUUCCCCAAUUCUUGCUCAAAGAGACCAAGAAGAGUGGAAGAAGUUUUUUGAAAUGUUUGGUGUCACCUCAUCUGUAGUACCACCACGUUACUCAAGCGCCCAGUCACCAGAGGAACAAGAGGAAGUCCUUAGAAACGCUUACAGACAACAAAUAGUAUACGGCACAGUGGGAGUCUUUGCAGCAGACAUACUUAAACAGGAAUUUGAGAAGAGGACUACUCGCGAUAAAAGGCCAUUUGAACUUGUCAUAGUGGACGAAGUAGACUACAUGACUUUGGACAAUGGAGUUCAAGUGACAUUCUUGUCUCAUGAAGCUGGUGGAUUUAGGCAUGUGGAGCAAGUGCUUUCCAACAUAUGGGCCAUGAUUUCGAGUUGUCAACCAGUAGAAAUGUUUGAAACAGGGGAGAUAAAAUGGGCGACGAGGAUACAGUACUUUCAUAAAGCUGUGACAGCAGCCAUUAUGGGACAGGAGACAUCCGAUAGCUUUUCAGUGAAUGAGAUCUUGUUGCCAGGAGUGACUUUGGGAUUCUACACCCAGCAGGAUGUUGAAAUGAUAAAUCAAGCUCAGAGCAAGAAAGAAAAUGAAGGUCAGGAUGCAAUGUCUACAGCAUUAUCUGAAAUCAUGAAGAAGCUUGGAGUUACACAACAGUUUGAUCUUGUGAGUAUAUUUGAGGAGGUCUUGGAGAACAGCUCAGUAUUUAAGUGCUAUUCUUUAGAGAACAAGAAAGCCAAACGUUUCGAAAAUCGGGAAAAAAAAGGCGACCUUAAUGUUGAAAUGCUGCUGCUGGAAGGAGGACUGGCAUGCGAAAUCAUGUCUGAGAAAUCACUCAUUGAUGCAACUGUAAGCGCAAUAAAAUCAUCUAUCAAGUACUCGAAUAACCUCCAAACAGCUAAAGAAGCCAACAACUUCAUUGUCAUCCCUGUUUUCUUGAAAAACUAUGUAGAGAAUCAGUUGCCAAUUUUUGUGGAGAAUGCACUAAAGGCUGUUGAGAUGUCACGAGGCCGAGAAUACAUGAUCGACUCCUCAUCAGCUGCUGAAAGAGACGCUACUGCCAGUAAUGACAAGCACAUGUAUAAUGCAGUUAUUCCGGUGGACUUCAAAGCGAGCGGUGUGUUAGAGAAAAGCAAGAAAUGGGGUAGUGGUCUACAGCAGUUUUUGGAGUUCAAGCACCAACUUGCCAUUUCAUCGAUAUCCAACGUGACAAACUACAUGUCCAAUUUUCAUUUUUUCAAAAGGUACCUCGGUGGAAGUGGUAUAUUUGGUGUUUCUGGUACAUUAGGAGGAAAGGCAGAUCGGGACUUUCUGGAAAGACAUUACAAAGCAAAAAGCUACAAUGUACCUGAACAUCGCCAUAAAAGAAUGGUGGAGCUUCCAGUCAUCCAGGUGAAAGGUGGGAAUCACCAGUGGAUCCAGACUAUUUGUGAAACUACAUGGAAAGUAGCAGAGAGAGGACAAGUUGUCUUGGUGAUUUGUGAAGAUGUUAAAACAGCAGAUGAACUACAUGGGAAAAUGAAAGAUGAAGGCAGAGUUAAAGCAGAACAGAUCACUCUGUACACAAUCAGUGAGAAGCACAACAUUGAAAGAGAGAAAUUCUGUGGAGGCAGAAUCAUCAUUGCAACAAAUCUCGGAGGACGAGGAACAGACAUAAAGGUUGAUGAAAGUGUGAACAAGCGUGGUGGUCUUUUUGUGCUGCUUACUCACUUUCCACACAACCGAAGAGUCGAAAAACAAAUAUUUGGUCGUACGUCUCGAAAAGGCAAUCCCGGGAUGGUCCAGAUGGUUGUGAACUGUGAUCACCUCGCACCAUCUUACCAAAGUCAGUCAGUGGAAAUCAUGCGUCAGCUGAGAGAGCACUAUGAAAUUAAACGAAUCCUCAACAUGGAAAGUGAUGAGCUGGUUGAAAUAAACCUCAAGGAAAAUUUGUUCUCCACAUUUUGUAGAUUGCUGAAAGACUUUGAUGGGCAUUACACACAGGAAGAAAAACUUGACCCCAUGCGAAUGAAGCUUGAGAAAAUUCCUGAUUGCUUUAAACGUCAUCAGACUAAGUUUGAUUAUCAGCCUGCCAUCAACGCUUUGAAAGAAUCUUGGGCCUUGUGGUUGACCCUACAUGAGGAUCACAUCAAUAGGCACGAUGACUUCUGUCAACUUGAAACAGACCUUAUCAAGACAAUAAAGAGAACGAGUGACAACCUGCUGCGAGGAGAAUCUGAUAAUUUAUACGAUCAUGUCAGACAGGCAAUUGUAAGAACUGAUCUACACUGCCGAAACAAAUCCAGUAAUUCUAAUGGAGCUGAAUCCUACUGGCAAAAAGUUAUAAACUCUGACCCUCACUACAAAGCUGUGGCUCUCUAUAACCAGGCGUACAUCACCAUCAACCUUGGAAAGGGUAACUAUAAAGCAGAUGCCAUGAAACUGCUGGGAGAUGCAAAGAAAUCCAUUGACGUCUACAUCUCAGAGGUCUCAAACACAAUGGUCUCAUGUAACUUAUCAGUCACUGGUAACAAAGACCAGAACACAGACAACAACAACUUUCAGAGUCAAAUGGAGGUCAAGAUGAACAUCUUUAAGUCUUGGAUGACGUACAUCGAUAAUGCUAUACUUAAACUCAAAGAGUUGGAGAAAAGCAAAGAUGAUGCCAUUACAGAGGAGUCUUCAGUCUACAUGCUGUCUGAAGAAAAGAACUUCAUCAUCACUAAUGAGCUGAUGUCAUUGUACGACUACGGCCUUGGAAUUGUAUUUGAGGUGAAAAAGAAGCCCAAGUUUUGUAUCGAUGCGUUGAUAUGUUUCCUUCUUGGAUUGGUUCAGGUUCUUGCAGGAAUUCUUAUUUGUGUACUGACAGUUGGAACAGCAAGUCAGUUUGGAAUGGGUCUGAUUGGAGAAGGAGUGUCUGACAUGAUCAGUGGCAUAGAGGGGAUGGUAAAGGGCACAUUCGAUUGGGUGUCAUGGGCGAUAUCCAAGAGCAUCAGCAUCGGGCUCUCUUUAAUAACGGCUGGCUUUAGCCUUAUCAAGAAAGCAGUCACAUCAGUAUGUAAAGUCACAAAAAGUCUCCUGACUGGUACCAAGUCUUUCUCAGCUGUUGCAUCUGAAUUCAUCAAAUCAGGAAAGGCAGCGUUUACUUCAUUCAAAGGCAGCGUUCAGUCUGGUUUAUCGUCCCUCAGUAAGGAAUCUUUUAAGUCUGCUAUGAAAAACAUGACUUCUUCUGCAGCACUCAGAGAGAGCUUCAAACAUACAGCAAAAUAUACCAUUCAGGAAAUUGGGAAAAAGUGUGUGAUCACUGCCAUGAAUUACGCAAUCGAUGUGACACUUCAGGAAGUCUUUAAGCAAAUUUUACAAAACAGUUUAAAAAACUUUGUUACUUCAUCAGUGAAGCAGAACAGUAAACUGGAUCAGACUCUUGUUGAGUUUGUCAGCUCAGGCGCUCCAAAAGCUGCCCUAAAAAAAGAGAAUUUCAAGAUUGACCAGAAAUUUGAGCAGGAAAUUAAAAAAUCAGUUAGUAUGCUCUGUGAAGAGAUAACUCCUCAGCUUAUACUAGACUGUACCAAAGCACAGGAGGUUAUCAGCAGACUCACUGAGGUGUGUAACGCUGCAACAGAGCUCAUGGAAAAAGCAAAACUAUCAGGUGUGCUUGAAACAGCAAAGCUGCUUCUGAGAGUAACUGAGAGCUCAACACGUCUCUGUCAAAUAUUGGGUGCCAUACCAACAAAGGAGAUAAUAGACCAGAAAUUUGUUCCUCAAUUAAUGCAGAGCAUCAAUGAGCUUCAGACAGAAAUGACAAAGUAUGACCACGAUGGGCGACACAAUCUAAAUGAUGUUAAACGACUUAAAGGAGAACUUCUACAGGAAAUUGCUCAGAAGGUUUCUGAGCAAUUCAUCAAAUCCUGUUGUGAACAUAUGACUUCUUUAAUGACCUGCACAUUUAAGAAUGAGUUAAACAUUGCUGCAGGGAAGGCGGUGGAAAAAAUAAUGCGCAGAAAUAAAACUCAACGUUUCUUUGAUGACCAGAGAGAAAAACACAACAAUAGUUCUGCCAGCCACAAAGAAGUGCAACAGCUGUCUGAUGAGGAUAAAACAAAACUGAAGCAGUACACGGAAGAUAUGUGCAAAGCUGAUCAGCCGACUACAGCCCUCGAUGUGUAUGUGCUCACAAAAAGUAAACUGCUGGAUGGAAAAGGAAUUCAUAUUACUAUCGUUGAUGAAAACGGAAAACAACUGACUGAAGAACGUCACCCAGGAACCAACAAAUCAGCAGGGGAUUUAAAACUGAGAUUAACCAAAUCUGCAAAAGACCAACAUCCAUCACAAGCUGGAUCACAGCUGUACAGCGGCCGUUUUGACAUUUUACAAGAUGAUGGCGAGAUGAUCAGCAAGAUCAGCAUUAACUCAAAUGAUCAGAAUGCUCUUUAUCAGGCUGUAGUACAAGCAACUGGCACGAAGACAAAAGACCCGAAGAAGGAAGCUUUGAUGCUACGUGAGAAAGUGAAAAAUGAGAUCCAGACAAACCUUGAAUCUUACACGUCGCUACUUAUUCUCCAGAGAGAAUAUGACCUUUCUAACAAAACCCCCAAGAAAUACAGCCUAACUGGAGGAAGUAAAAAGGAGACAAACACUGCACUGCAGGAAUAUUUCCAGAGCGUUAAAAUAAUCAAAAGUGAUGAACGUAUCCUCAUCAAAAUGUACCAUCUUGGAUUUGUUGGUAAACACACAAGUGUUGUAAGUGCUCGAAGGUUGAGUGUAAACGUCAUUGGCGCACUCAACACCAGCCAUAUUCCACCCAAAGACUCUAUCAGACUAGCGCAGAUGUUCCUAGAAAACCCAAAGUCGGCAAGUGAGUUUAAAAAGAAAAGCCCAGAGCUUUAUAAACUGAUCAGCAGCAUAAAGUCUGACAAUAAUGGACAGAACCUGAUUGCCAUGGAGGUUCUGGGACAAGAUCACAUACAAGCUUUGACUACAGGUCCAAGCAGCCGGUCACAGAUGGCCAGAAAACUUCUAGGAGACACCAUGAUUAGUGGAGACGUGGAGCUUCUGGUGAAACGCUGCAUGAUUCUACAUCACCCGCUUACCUCACAAAAGCUCAGAUCCGCUCUAGGUGAGAGCAUUCAGUCUCAGUUUCCCGUUUUGUCUGAUAAUGGUAUACGAAGCUAUUACAAAGCAGGAUACAAAAACCUGGUGUCAGAGUACAGCCGCAUGGGAAUCCUGGAUCAGAACCAGCGUGAGCGUCUGGAUAAGUGGGUGUCUCAAGAUCAGCACGAGGACACUGACACUGCAGAGUACAGACAGGUUCUGGAAGAACUAAAAAAAGGAGAAUUAAAAUGAUAAAUAUGAUGAUGGUGGUAAGGAUGACGGAUCUAAGAAAUUGUUGACCUCUGUCAUUUUUAUAUUCAAUUAUAUUUACGCAAAAAAUCACAUUAGCAAGUAACAACAUCUUGAUCUAUUGGUAAAUUGUUUACUAAUUUGAAUGAAAAAGAAGUGAAAAAAUAUGAACAUUUAUAACUCAAAUAUAUAAUAUUGCAUAAAAAUAUAUUCAAGUUAUUUUGGUUUAUAUGAUAAUAAUGUUUUAAUGUUCAUCUAAAUAGGUGGAGGGUCCAAAUAUUACAGGGCAAGCGUAAAGCAUAAAUUCAAUUUCAAACAUAAAAAUGGUGUUGGGUAUAUAAACUUCAAAUAUAUAUAAUAGAAAUGAAAAAAGUAGAUUAAUGUACACGUUAGAGAUCUACAGUAUAGUGUAGAUCAAAGACAUGUCCAUAUUUCGUGCUUCUGUCUGAUUAAAGUUAAAUUUGGGGAAAUUUUUACCCAAAACCGCUGAAUUUAUAUUUAAAUAAUGUUACAUAAACAGUAAAAUUAGGGGAGUUUAAAGAAAUUUUUAACACAAAUAAGGUAAAACAUUUUUUGCAUGAUGCUGAAAAACAAAUUCUCAAACACUUGCAACUGAUCUCAUUUUCUGAAAGUUUUGACAAUCAAAUUGUUCUAUUUAAUUUUUGUGUCUAGCCCGUUUCUUUAAAAUGAGAUUAUCACCCGUUACCAAAGCGUGGAGAUUAUUAUAACAGCAAAAUUUGAAAUUUGCUUGUAUAACAAAACCUGUUGACUCAGAUGAAGUCAGACUGAACAUUGAAGCGCAAAUACAAUUUUUCAAUAAACACUGCUCAUCUA